ACAUCCAAGAAACAAUGACAGAGAGAUCAAACGAGGUCGCCCGACUUAUUUGUGUGAUGUGAAAUUUUGCUAGUUGUCCAGAUAAAAUGAUUUUUGUCAUAACAAGGUUUGUUUUUUUAGCUCGUCUCGUCAUUUCAUGAAUUUCUUUUCCAGAGUAGACAAGUGAGGAAUUAAUCCAAGCGAGCAUCUAGCGUGUUCAAUGGGAAGAAAAAAAAGUGUCUGAAUUUGCAUCUGGAACAAUGCUAGAAAUGAACUAAAAUUCGGAUAGCAAGUGAAUGGUAGUUCAUCAGCAGUUUUAGAAUCUCCAAUGUCUUCCAGCAAUGAUAUCUACCAGAAUGCUGCCCAGUUAUCUCGUGUACCGGAAAAUAGCUCUUUUUGUACUUUAUGCCGAAGAUUCGCUAUUCAGAGCUCAGCACAUGGCCUUCGUAGAGCUGCCACAGCUAGAUCUAUGUACACCCGAGUGUUUUGGGUGACUGUUUUUCUUUUAGCUAUGACGGGAUGCACAUUUCAUUGUUUCUUUCUGGUGAGAACGUACCUCAGUUACCCACGAAUGACCAUUACUGAAGAAAUCCAUGCAGAUGAAAUCACUUUUCCUUCAAUAACUGUAUGUAAUUUAAAUGUCUACAAAAAGAGCUAUGUUGACAAACAAUUAGAGAUUCUACGGCAGGUGACACAGGCUUUCUAUUACAACGCCACUCUCAGUGUUGCGGGUAUUGACCCUACUGCAAUCUGUUACAAACCGUUCGAAGAAUUUAUGUAUCGGAGUAAAACUGUUGAUCUGAGCGACAUCUGGAUGAGCCUCACUGUCAACAAAGACAGCCUGCAGAAGUUUGGUCAUCAGGAAGAAGAACUAAUUAUUCACUGCACUUACAAUGCCAGAAACUGUUAUAACAAUACGCAUUCAAUUGUUCAAGUGAAUGCAUAUCCUUCUCCUCGGUACGGAUUAUGCCACACAAUAUCAGUUAACCAGAUGUCCCUUCAGAAUGUAACAAGACCUGGCCUUUCUCUAGGUUUACGUCUAACUCUCAACAUACAGCGAAAUGAGUAUUUAGACCUAUUAUCUCCAGAAUACGGAGCGAGACUCUUAGUACAUCCUCCUGGUACUUAUCCAACACUUCAGAGAGGUGGUGUUGUGCUGCAGCCUGGUACAAAAACAUACGUCAGUGUUCGCAUGCGCAAGAUUGAUAGACUGCCAUGGCCUUAUGGCGAAUGCACAGAUGAGUUCGAGCAUUCUCCAUUACUAUCUCAUCUUAGUAAAACUGGUCAACGUGAUUUGUUGAAGCACAGAAUUUAUACUUACGAGUACUGCCAGACGUUAUGCAGAGACGCUUAUUUACUAAAGCAAUGUGAUUGCUCCGAAGAAGUCACGCAAGGCAACAGCAGAUUCUGUGAUCCGUGCAACAUCACGCAAGCUAUGUGCAGAACAAAUUUUCUUAGAAGAUUCAACAGAAAUCACAGAUCAAGAGAAUGCCACAAAUUCUGCAAACCUGCGUGUUCGGAUAUUCGGUAUGAUUUAACAAUAUCUCGCUCAGAGUGGCCGAAUAAAAAGCACCAUUUUUUUGUACUGAAACGCUGGCCUUCUUCUCGUGAAAAAUUUGGACCUAAAGCGGUAUCUGGGAAUUACAGUGCUGUAGGGGCUAAACCUGAUCCUAUUGAUUUGCAGCACAUAAGAGAAAAUUUCUUACGCGUCCAUGUAUUCAUUCAAGAGAUGAAUUAUUUAUCAGUGCGGGAUGUUCCAGCUUAUUCAACAUCACAGUUGUUUGCUGAUCUUGGAGGAUGCUUAGGACUAUACAUAGGUGUUUCCUUGAUUACGAUACUGGAAGUUUUUGAACUCCUAAAAAGCAUUAUUUUUAUCAUACGAAGUAAACUGCUGGCUAAAACUAAAAUAAAGUCGAGCUCUCAUAUAGAAGAAGGUGUUGUGGAACUGCACUGGGUAGCCGCUCCUCCUAGCAAACCUCUACCUGUCAUUUAUCAGCGGAAUAAACAAUGUUGUGGAAGAAUUUCUACUUCUCUGUCUUCAAAAAGGCAAAAUAACUCGAAUACUACUGGAUUGAGUCCAGGAUGUGUCUCACCCCUCCGUCAAUUACCAAGCCCAAUAUUAAUGAAGAAUGUUAGUAAUUACUCGAAUAUGCAGUCACAUUUUUCAUCAUAUUGAUGUAUAUUGUCAUUACAAUGCAACAUUAUGUAAAAAUUAUAUUUUGGUGUUUGUGGAAAAUGAAGAGCAAAAUUUAACUGAACUAUAUAAUUUGAAAUAUAAAUAAAAAUGUCAAAUUAUCUGGCAUUUGAGUUUCAUAGUUCAAAUCACGAACCUUUAAGCCUUGCUAUCAAACAGUGUUUUGUUUGAGUUCUUGCG